AUGUCGUACGCCUCCACCACGCCCGCGGAGGCGGCUCCAGCCGCCACAGACUCGGUCGGGCGGUCAACCUCUGCCCGCUACAACGAGACGCUGAGCAGCCGCACGAUGUGCGCCUACGGCUUCUUCCGGCUGCCCAUCUCCGGCUACGACCUGACCGUGCGUCCGGCGCGGACGGCGGUCUAUAUCGAGGCGCUCAACCAGUCGAUCCUCACCCACGCGAUGAUCGUCUCGUGCUGCAAGUCCGUCGACUUUCUGCUCGGCUUUCUCGUCGGGACCACCUCGGACAACGUCUCCACCCGCUGGGGGAGGCGCAAGCCGUGGGUGGUGGUCUGCUUCCCGUUCGCGAUCGUCUCCAUGUUCCUACUCGUCACGCCCUUCCCCUUCUCCGGCGACGCGAUUGAGCCGGACUCCGCCACCGCCUGCCCCGCGCUGGAGCAGUGCCUCGUCGAGAUGAUUGCAAACGGCACGCUGCCCGCGCACAACGUGAGCAGCGUCGAGUCCUCCAACCCGCCGGCGCCGGCCGCGCUGUCGGUCUGGUUCGCGCUCUUCUACUUUGCCUACUACUUCUUCUCGUACGACGCCCUCGGUAUGGAGCUCACCUCGGACUACUCGAAGCGCGUCUCCCUCUUCUCCGUGCGAGUCGUCUUUCAGUUCCUCGGCUAUGCGGUGCCCAACGCCGUCGGCCUCGUCCUCUCCAACAUCUUCCCCACCAACAUCAUCGCCGUCUACGCGUACACCGCUCUCGUCCUCGGCGCAACCACGCUCGCCGGCCUGCUCCUCCUCGCCGGCAUCGUCUCGCUCGCCGCUCUGCUCGUCCUCGGCUUCGGGGUGAGCGAGCGACCAGAGGCGAAGACGGGACAAGGGAACGAGGUGCCCGCCGUGGUGGCUGUGCGGCGCGCGCUGUGCAACCGGCCGUACUGCAUCUACCUCUUCAUCAAGUUCCCCAUCUCCCUCGUCUCGCUGCUGCCCGUCAACCUGAUGAGCUUCUUCCUUCGCUACGGCACGUGA